AUGGAAGUCAAAUAUAAGGAUAGUCUGAUGUUCCCAGCGGUUACAGUCUGUAAUAAUAACUGGCUGCGGAAAGGAGUAUUAAAUGAUAGCGGGGUCCUAGACUUUGGUCUUUCAUUAUCGUCAUUCGAUUAUCCCGUCGUGAAUAGCAGCUCUUAUAACUUGACAGAAUUCUUCAUGACGUAUGGCCAUCAAAUGGACAGGGUGUUUGAUCUACCCUGGAAUUGCGAUUGGAAAUUAACCGAUUGCACAUCAGCAAAUUUCACCAAAAGAAUCACCGACAUGGGAAUGUGCUUCACAUUUAAUCACGGUGGAGAUUUGCGUUCUACGUUUCCCGGGGAAGACUAUGGUUUACGACUUGGGCUAUUUGCAGAACAAGACCAAUACCUUCCAGCGACUAGCAAAGCUGGUUUUACAGUUCUUCUUCACCAGCCGACAGACGUUCCACGCAUGGCAAACGGGUUUCAGGUUACAACUGGAGAAUCACUCAUUGUUGCUAUCUCAAUGACAGAGGUGCAUAAUUUGCCAGAACCAUAUGGAGGAUGUACAAGUAAAAAACUUGCUUACUAUCCCAUAUAUUCCGCUACGAAUUGUAGAUCUGAAUGUCUGUAA